AUGGCGGCCUCCGGCGGCGAGCUGCUCGUCGGGCUCCGGCUCAUCAUCCAGCCGUCGCCGAGGAAGCAGCUGCCCACAGUCCUGAGGAAGUCCGCGGUGAGGAUUCCGCCGGCGUCGACGUCGACGAGCGCAGCCAAGUGCCACGACAACGGCGGCCGGGUGUUUGCGGGACUCGAGUUCUUGAAGCGCUGCUCCUGCUGCCACAAGGACCUGGACGCCACCAUGGACGUCUUCGUGUACAAGUACCUGACGAGCGGGCCCAAGGGCCACCGUGUCCAACUGAGCCACGUUGGCUGUCCACGUAAGCCAAACCACCCUGUAAAACCACCACAAGGUGUAUUUUAA